CACCUUGACCUUGUUCGCUACCUUUGGCAUCAACUUCUCCCCCACUUCUACUCCCACUACCCUCACGCCUUCAACCAUCUUCCACAUAAAUUCUUUCGUCGUCUAACCACUCAAAUCUUACGGCAUUCCCCCCCCCCCCAUUCCUUUGUCCUUCUUUCCCGCGCACAGCCAGCUGUGCCUUGCUCUCCGGCUUGAUUAAAGUUGGACUGGUUCCACCAAGGUUUCAACAGCAAUCCAGAAAGAGGAUUCAGUCAUGCUUCAAGAACAGUCCCGCAAGAAGUGGAAGGCAGAGCUGUCCAACAGCAACAAGGCCCGUCGUGACCGCAAGAAAGGCCUCAGAUUGAACCCGACAUUUUUUAACAAGGGCUCUAACCAACUCUCAUUACUCGGACGCCGCAAAGCUACAAACGGAGCCGCUAUUGAAGCUUCUGCCACAGUAACUUUGUUUCCCACCUCGGCGAACACUGUCGAUUUAUUGACUCCGGCCCUGGUGGACCUCACCACCCCUCCGAAGACAACUGCUGUUCCUCAUAGCGCCGCGGAUUCGGCCUACUAUAGCGCCCCUAACACUGUGUCGAAGAGCGUCUCUCCCCCACGUCACAUGCCCCCCGGCACCAUCGAUCCGGUGGUGCUCCAGAACGCGCAGGACUCUACUGCACCCGAUUACUCCGUCGCCGACUAUAGCUUCAAGAUGCACGAUAACACGGACAGCCAGUUCUACAAGAAGUUCAUCAAGAAGAAGUUUCCCCACCCCGUCUCAGCGAGAAACGGUCUCAAGCCCAUUAUGCGUCAGGUCCUUCAGAAGCCGGAGGACCGUCCCCUGGUCGCCAAGGCUUAUCUCAAGAUCAACUUCCGCGCCGGCACUAUCCGCGGUGGGACGAGGAUGGUUAGGAUGCCCGUUAGGAAGCCUGGCGAGCGAAGAUGUGAUGGCCCUCAUGAGGAGAUGACCUGGUACUUUGGGCCAAAGGUUGGAUACAACUAACGGGGGGAGAAGAAAAAGUCCCAGGAAUCUUUGAUCAUCUAAUUUGCCGGUACAUCUCGGCCCCACAUACUCACCUCGACACCACUUUUACGCUCUCCAUCACGAUCCUCAACCAGAAAAAGGAAAAGAAAAAAAGAAACGAAUCCCUCGAAUACCACUCUCACGAUGAAAACCAAUUUCCUUUGUUUUUUCUCAAAUGUCAAUUCUCUACCAUCUCGGGCGGCCUUUUAUCGGAGUUCAUCUGGGGGGGUUUGCUUAUUUUUGAUAUCUCUUGACGGGAUGAUAGAAGCGAAGUAAGGGUAAUGACGAACGAAGGUAGGGCGGUACCGGAACUAGGGGUUUUUUCUCCUUUCGGCGCGAUUGCGAAAAAGUAUUCUUUCUUUCCAUAUUUUCUCGCCGUUUCUCUAUUUCUGGGUCCUAGUACGCUAGUCUCUCUUUUCCUUUACCUCUACAAAGUCUCCGGGACACCAUCUUCUCUUCUUGUCCAAAGGUCUUCUCUUUUUUCAUCUUCUUUUUCUCUCUCUCUUUUUUCCUUACUCACUCAAUCAUUCUCCUUUGUUGGGUCUGUUUCCGGAGUACACUUCCCACGGCGCUGUAUGGCUUUUUAGAUCUUAGAAAGGGCAACGGGUAGGGUUUUACUUUGGGGUUCUUCUACGGUCUUGUGGUUAUUUUUCUUCCUUCUACAUUUUACCUUCGUCCUCUUUUUACUUUCACCGGAGUUUUACAUCUUCCUAGUUACUCUUUUCUCUGUAAACACCAUUGCUUCUUUUUAACGAACUUGUAUUUGAUGCGGAUAUUAUCAUCCCUCUCUCUUUUCUGCAUUCUCCUUCCUUUCCUUUUUUUUUUAUUUCUUGGUCGGACUGCCGUAUUAUACAUACCCUGGUUCAGAAUGGGGGAGGGGUAUCACGCGCCGCCUACUGUUGCGGCUCGGGUGUUCAUUUCUCACUCCCUUCCCCCCACACACCACCACCACCACCACCCCAUUCUUUCUUUUUUCUUUCUUUUUUCCUUCCUGAUUUCAUUUUCCUUUGCCUAUGUAUAUAAUUUACGUAGUUGCCACCAUACUCUACAUACAAGACUUUUUUCAGUCUAUAACAUAUCGUGUUACCAUACAUCAUAGCCUUCAUUACUUAUUUAUUUUUUGCAGGGGUGAAGGGUGAAAGGGGCGGGGAAGGGAGGGUACGGUUUAUCGAUUCGCAGCCGUAGAUAUCUGCCAAUUAGUGCGAUGCGCUCCGCGCUUUGGCUUAAACCAGGGGAGAUAGUGGCGGUGGGUGUCUCGUAUGGAUGGAUGGACGCCGACACGAACAACGCGCACUGAGGCUCCUGCCUGAUAUGACGUUUCCCCCUCCACCCUUCUUUCCCUCCUCCCUCCCCCUUUCGCUUGGCGUGGAAUAUACUGCUCGUAGGCCAACUGCCAGGCCCUCCACUGCAGAGUACUACUCACCGUGCGCCAUCUACCAUAAGUUCACAGUUUACGCUCGGACAUCCCCCGCGCGCACUGUCAUUUAUCGGCUGGAGAGAAAGAAAGAAAGAAAUAACACUGAAGAUGGUCAAGAAGGCUUUUGUUCUCGUCGCGGAUGGGUCGGAAGAGAUCGAGUUCGUCACUGUUUACGAUGGUGUGGCGGGAUCCGAUUUCUCGUGUUUUGUUCUCGUUCUGUUCCGAUAACGGGUGAGGUGGGGUGGUUCCGAGCUGACGGUUGUUGUUCUGAAUACGGUAGUUUUGGUCCGCGCCGGAUUCCUGGUUUGCUCUAUCGGGGUGAAUAUUUCGGAUUCAUUUGCUAGGUAUUAUUCUGCUUUCCGUUGCUAUAUGUCUACUGUUCUCCAGUUGAUGUUGGUUGGUAGGCUUUCUCGCGGGGUGAAGAUCAUCCCGGACGUUCAGAAUCUGGAUCCUGAGGCUCAGCUUGUAUCUCCUUCUUCAGACCCCCCCCCCCCCCCGAAUCCUAAACUAUCAUAGAGCUAAUGAAUGCACACGCAGCCGGAUCUGAUAGUAUUACCUGGCGGCGCUCCCGGCACAAAGACCUUUGAAGAGAGUGAUGCUGUUUCUAAACUGAUCAACAGGGCUCAGAAGGAGGGGGUGUACAUUGGCGCUAUCUGUGCUGCUACAAAGUAUUUCCCCCCUACCUGCCCUCCGUAAACCGCCUUGUGAAGGCCAGCUAACAGUAAUCAGAGCGCUCGUGAGGUUCGGCGCCGAAGGCGGCUGGAAGGCCAAAGUUACCAGCCAUCCGAGCGUUCAGGAGGCGGUUGUUGAGGGAGGCUGGGAGUACGCUCAGGACAGAAUCGUCCUCGAUGGGAAGAUUAUCACUUCCAGAGGGUUUGUUGCGCACCUGUCUAGAUGUUCACCGAGAGGCAGAGGCUGAUCAGUGAAUCUAGACCCGGGACGUCAUUGCUGUUCGCUUUGACUCUUGUUGAGACGCUUUGUGGGAAGGAGAAGCGUGAGGUAUGUUGAGUACGGCUCAUAAACGUGGCUUGAAGGUUUAGCGCUAAUACUGGUACUGGCUUAAUUACAGGAAGUGGAAAGGCCCAUGAUUACGGCUAGCGAGUUGUAGUUGAUCGAUGUUGCUGUUUUGGUAGGACCGGUAGGGCCCCCGAGAGGGUGCGGUAUGCCGUAAAACAGCCGAGGAAGUCAAUUGCCCUGUAGCUGGGAAUUCGAAAUAAGCUUAUCACAAUAAGAGGGGAAGAAAGGGAGAAGGGUAAAAAAAAAGACAGAGACAAUUACCAUGAU